AAAGAAUCUGAUUUAGUUUUGCUUUUAGUUAACUUUAAAAUUCAAAGAUAUACAAAUUAAAUAAGGAAAUACUGCAUACCCAUUGCACCAUAUAUAAAUACGCAAAACUCUUGAUACAAAGUGAAAAGAAGACGUCGCAUGAACGAGCUAACAUAUAUUUACAAACAUUGACAUAACACGUCAACGCAUUUGCGGCACGAAUCCAACGUCGACAUUGACGAUAAACCACAUAGUUAUAAUACGGGCAACAGGCCAGCAUUUACGAACUAUAUUUAUUAGUAUGUGUUAUGGCCACAGUAGAGCACAAGUCAACAGCGACAGUGACAACGUCAACUGCAGGGGAAGUUGAAAUACCGGCGGACAGAAAACUAUCAACUGCCUCUAAUUUCAAUAACAGCUUCAAUGCGCCCAGCUGGCACAGCUGUUACUAUUGCACACGGGAACACUUCAAGAACAUUGGACAAUUUGUCAAUCAUUUGCGAAGUCGACACUGCACUCGGGAAGGCGGUUCAUUUGUAUGUCGCUAUGGAUUUAAUGGAGUUUGCGCCUCGCUGCCACUUGACGGAGUUUCGGAUCGAGAUUAUGAUGCGCAUGUGUCAAAGUAUCACGUUAAUCAACAAACGCAGGAGCUGCCACCGGAAUGGGGCGUUUACUCAGCGGCCCAAAACCUGCCUGCCGUCCUGAACGAUCCACAGCGUGGCAAACAGAGUAGCUUGUUUACUAAAAAGUGGGGUGAACAUUUCAUAGAGCGUGUGCACAUCCCAGCCAGUCCUCAUCUACCGGACAUCACCCACUCGGACUUUGCAGUUUACCUCGGCAGCGUUGGCAAGCGAUAUCGCUGGCACGAGCGGCGCCAGCAGCAGCAGUUUUCAUCGACGCCCACACCGGAACAUUUAAGUAGCGUGCCCAUUCCAGAUAUUUUUCUUAAGUCCCAUCUCCAACUACACCAUUCAACCACCUUCUCCCAAGUCUUUCCUAACUACAUGCAAUCUGAACCAAACGCCAACGGUCCCUCGAUCCAAAGCACUGCUUCGAGUUCCAUUUUAACGGUGCAGAAAGUCGGCAGACACCUACAAGAGCAACUGUCCCACUAUCUUGACAUUGUAGAGGUCAAAAUUGCGCAGCAAGUGGCUCAAAAGUCCGGUGCCUUUUUUCAUGCCAUGACAACACAACAUGCCAUUUUAGCCGAGAUGGAGGAGGCGGCCGAGCAGGUGCGUCAGUUACGUUCAGCUCUAGCCCAUCUGCACGGAAGUACUGUCGUAGAUAGUUUUCGUGUUAUGCGCUAUACACAACGUAGACAACAUUAUAUUGCAACAUUGGAUAAGCUCCGCCUUAUGGCCACCGUGCACAAAACUCAGCCCAUGCUGCAGUUGCUGCUUGGCACCCAAGACUACGUGGCUGCAUUGGACUUAAUAAGCACUACGCAAGAAAUUCUAGCUGCUGAGCUGCUUGGGGUACACUGCUUUAAGCACUUGCCAAUGCAACUGGGUGAAAUGGAGAAGCUCAUCGAUAAGAUGCUGACCACUGAAUUUGAGCGUUACGCAGCAACGGAUUUAAAUCGGCCUUUGCUGGAGGGUGAUCUGGAGAGCGAUAGUGUCUGCGCUGAAGAAGACAAGCUCGUGGCCAUUAUAAUGGGAUUGCUGCGCAAGCAAAACUUUAGUUUUGUACAGAGCUACCAGCAGGAGAGCGUUGCCACAAUUCGAGCCAUUAUUAAACAACUACUCAUUGAAGUUAUUUCACGCGGCGACCAUGAAAUGUGUCUCACCGGCGCAGGUGAACAGUCUCUAGACCUUACUCUGGUUGAGUGGUUGACACUGCUGCAACGUGCUAGUCGUGCUCUUUGCGCUGUUCUCGACCGAAUCAAGUCAGUUAUAUGCAUAAUGCAGCAUACUGUCGAUGCUGCAGCUGGCGGCAGCAAUCCAAGCUUGAAGAAUAAGAUGCGCGAGCAUGCUGUUAACUUAAUAGAUUCUGAAGCCUUUCUCAGCAGUACACACCAUGAAAAAAUCAGUACUCAAUUAGACCAACUGCUACAAUUUGUAUGCCAUUAUUGCCAUGAGCGUUGUGCCAACAUCAUGUCGCCACAAUGCCUUGAAAACAGUUUCGCAAGCGAGGAGGAGCUGCUGCAACUAGCUAGUAUUGUAAACGAGUUUAGUGAUGCCACCCAGAGCAUCUGUGAUACACCCAGUGUACCAUUACAGCUGGCUCUCAAGGUACAGGCAUCACGUUACGCACAACGAUUUCACUCCGAGCGCAAACAGAAGCUGGCAUUACUGCUAGAUCAGGAGCGUUGGCGUCAGGUGGACAUACCCUACGAAUUCCAGCGCAUCAUCGAUCGUAUGACUGUUAGCGACUACGUGAAGCAGUCUGCGCCUACGCAAGGACAUCUCAUUACCUCCAAUGGUGACAACCCGGGGAACCCUGUUCUGCUCCUGGAGGGUAAGCAGCCCUUUGCUUUGGUCAGUGUAGCUCUGAUGCUUAUUCAGAUGCUUUAUGAGUAUGGAAGCAGUGCGCAUCGGUUAUCUCUUCUGAUGACUUAUCACUCGCGUAACGUCGUUGAUCUGCUGCGCAGCUUUAACUCGCGCAGCUGCCAGCUGAUUAUUGGAGCGGGAGCCAUGCGAGUGGCCGGCCUGAAGACCAUCACAAGUACGAAUUUGGCAUUAGUCUCGCGCACGCUGCAACUUGUGAUCUAUCGCUACCUCAUGAGAAAGCUUUGAAGAAUGAGCGGUCGAGGCAUAAUGACGCGGUCAUAUCGUGCCCCGUAGAAUGCAAAUAAGAUUCAUGGAAUUGUUUCGGAACGCGUUGCUGCACAACUGGAAACAUGGGAGGCACGGCCACCAAUACCAUCGCAGUCCUUCAGGCACAUUUCAAGGCAUCUGGUGAAGCUACAUGAAGCUAUCGCUGGCGUGUUACCAGAGCAACAGAUACAUGAAAUCUACGGUGUGGUGCAUCGCAACUUUAAGGACAAGUUGAGGGAGCAGUUGUUGAGGCUAAACAUUAACAACAAUGGCGGGCCACAACAUGGUGUGGUGACUUCUGAGCUGACCUUUUACAUGGAAACACUACGAACGCUAAAAGCUCUUCCGCCGUCACAGUUGGAUAAUGGCAUCCUGGAGCAAAUUUGGCUUUACUGAGCUGACCCCGGCAUAAUUUUAGUUGCGUAUGAUUUGAAAAAUCUUAAGCAAUCAAUAAUAUUUGUAUCCUUUCUUUGUUGUUUCUGUCUCCUUACUUUAUACAUAU